AUGUCUGGUCGUGGAAAAGGCGGGAAGGGUCUCGGGAAAGGAGGCGCCAAGAGGCACCGGAAAGUGCUCCGCGAUAACAUCCAAGGCAUCACCAAGCCUGCUAUACGCCGUCUGGCUCGCCGUGGAGGUGUGAAACGUAUUUCGGGCUUGAUUUACGAAGAGACUCGCGGCGUACUGAAGGUCUUUUUGGAGAACGUUAUUCGAGAUGCUGUGACCUACACCGAGCACGCGAAGCGAAAGACUGUAACUGCUAUGGAUGUCGUUUAUGCCUUGAAACGCCAAGGUCGUACUCUGUACGGUUUUGGUGGAUAAGUUUAUAGAAUUCAUCUUUAUUUGUUGAUCUAAAAGGCCCUUAUCAGGGCCACCCACACAUUCCUAAAAAGAGCUGUGUUCGCUUGUGAAUGCAAGUGUAAAUGUUGAAUAUGUUCGCUUGUGGGUGUAAAUUACAUGUAAAACUAUUGGAAGGAACACUAGGAG